CGCGCCACCUGAGCCGGGUCAGGAGCAGCUGUGCUUUUGGUGGGUCCCUCUGCAGCCAGAGCUAGUGUUAUUGCUCGGUGAUAGAAAGGCUGGCCCACUCCUGCAGCCAUGAACAUCGUCCUUUCCAGAGAUAGCCAAGUGAGGAUCAUGGAGAACACAGUAGCCAACGCAGAGAAAUAUUUCGGACAGUUCUGCACGCUGAUGGCCUCCUACGCCAGGAAGACAGCCAAGCUGCGGGACAAGUCAGAUCUCUUGGUGAAGCAGCUCAUCGACUAUGCGAACACCGAGAACCCUGAGCUGCGAAGCACCAUGAAGAACUUUGCUGAAGAGCUGGCCAAAGUGCAGGAUUACAGGCAGGCAGAGGUGGAGAGACUGGAGAUGAAGGUUGUGGAGCCACUGAAACGGUACGGAGUCCAGCUCAAGCAGACACAGGCAGAGAUCAAGAGGUUCAACAAAGUCCGAAACAAUGAGAUAAAGCAACUGGAGAAACUGGAGCGACUGCGGCAGAAGUCACCCUCAGACCGACACACCCUCUCCCAGGCUGAGUCAAACGUGCAUAAAGCCUCAAUAGACGCCAGCCGCACCACCCAGCAGCUCGAGGAAACCAUCGAUGAGUUCCAGAAACAGAAACUGAAAGACAUCCAGAAGAUUUUCUCGGACUUUGUCACCAUCGAGAUGGUUUUCCACGCCAAGGCUCUCGAGGUCUAUUCCAGCGCCUUCCAGAACCUGGACGAUUAUGACUUUGAAAAAGAUAUGGAGGAUUUCAGAGCGAAGAUCCACAUUGCUUCUGGAAAUUACGAUGCCAGGCCAAUGAGUACCACGCACCCUUCCUCCACCCUGCCGUGGUCUACCAGCAGCCAGAGCGUUCGGAGCACUCUACAGAGGCAGGAAAACAGUGAAGAAGACUCUGAAGAGAACGAGUUGCAGGAUUUCAGCAAUCCAGAAUAUGCACAGAUUAGGCGGUAAUUGGACAGUGGGACUAACCUGCCAUGCUCAUAAGAGCUGGAUGUAUUUAUUCUUAAUUCCACUGUAUCUUCCCUUAUUGAACCUUAGAUUUUCCGUGAAGGCAAGGAACUCCCAAUGAGGUUCUUAAGCCGUUCGGAGCCUAUGUAAAUGCAUUGUUCCCAAGCACUGAGGUGGCUCUAAUUCGGAGACUGAUUCUUAGUAUUAGAGGGGAACCAAAAGGCUUAUUUGCAAAUUGAACAUCCUCUGGGAAAGCAUGUGGGGUGGACUGUCCGUUGACAUUAUUCUGUGUUAUUACAAACCAGCAACAGACCUCAGGUUACACGACAUUGUGCAUGUACAUCAUGCACUGAGCAAGUGAGUUUCCAUAUGAACAAAACCCGCUGGCUGAAGUUUGGGAAAGCAAACUUGUACCCAAUCCCAGGAACAGCUACCCUCUGCGGGAUGCGUCCCCUACAACUGGGUGGGAUCUCUGAAGAAACAAAACCCUCAUCUCUCUACUCAAAAUAGCCACUUUAAAGACAGGUAUGAACCUCUCACCAAUGAGACGUGUAAGAAUCACAGCUCACUUCCAACUAACGUACGUCGUCUUCUUUACAGAGUUCUGUCUAUAAGUCUUUCCAAAGGGGACACCCCAGUAGCAUGCAGGAUACCAAUGUUAUACUGUAGGAUAUUGAUGAUGUCAGAAGUAUAAUCGCAUUUUCCCACGACUUUAAUUUUCCCAUUCGUGCAGUAUCUAAGCGCCGCCUCAUCUCUAAUGUGUUUAUCCCCAUCACACCCCUGGGAGAUAGGGUGGUGUUACUGACCCAUUGUAG